AGGGAUGAGAGCAAGAGAGUCAACAAAAUCAAACUUUCCUUUGUUUUAUCUUUAAAGCAUCUUCUUGUUUUGUUCUUCUCCUCCUCCUCUUCUUUUUUCCAAGUCUUAAUUACUCUGGUCAACAUCAGAAAACGUGCUUAGUGAUGGAUGACCAGAGAAAUAGUGAUAAUCAUCAUCAUCAUCUAGGUGUGAAUAAGAUUGGGAAAAACAUCCGUAAAGAUCCAUCAAACCAGCAAAAUCAACAACAGAAUCCUCAAGCUUUGUUUUAUAACAUCAACAAAACCGAUUUUAGAUCCAUUGUUCAACAGUUAACCGGACUCGGUUCAGCUUCUUCAGUAAAUCCUCCACAGUCAACAAACCCACCAAAACCUCCAAAUUCAAGGUUGGUUAAAGUUAGACCGGCUCCUUUGACUCAAGUCAACCACCAUCCACCUCCACCUCCGGUUCAAUCAGAUCCAAUAGCCGCUGAAACGGUUGAGCGUAAUAACCAAUUAUCGGUUAACCCGGCCGAAUCUCCAAUCUCUGCUUAUAUGCGUUACCUAAUCGAAUCAAGCCCUGUUGGAAACCGACCUCAGCUACAAAACCAAAAUCCGGCUCAGCCAUCACCCGGUUUGUUUCCUUCACAUCAACCCGGUCCAAGUCCAAUGUUAUUCCAGUCUCCAGCGUCACAGUUUGUUUUGUCGCCGCCGCCUAGAUCACCGUUUCCGAUAUUAUCACCCAAUUUCUUUACGUUUUCACCGCGGUUUAUAGCCGGCGGUAACGAAUCGCUACCUCCGCCGUCACCGGGCUUUUUCUUCCCGUUGCUCAGUCCAUUAUGGAAAAAUCAAUAGCUUUAUAGUUAGUGUAUUGAUAAUCUUUUAGUUAAUGGAUAAAACAGCGCAACUUGUAAGCAUAAUGUAACAUGUUAUAUGAAGACAAUUGCUCAUUUCGUUU